AUGGCCGGAACCACCGCCGCGGCUCCGAUGGACGCCGACGCCGCCGCCGUGCGGCCGGCCACCAAGGGCAAGGCGACCCUCUCCGCCGCCGCUGCCGUCAAAUCUUCGCCAUGGGUCGAGAAGUACCGCCCCCAGUCCCUCGCCGACGUCGCCGCCCACCGCGACAUCGUGGACACCAUCAUUGAGAAGUAUACAAGGAGCACAAGGUUUGCACUGAUAUGCAACCAUGUGAACAAAAUAAUUCCAGCACUACAAUCAAGGUGCACUAGGUUUAGAUUUGCUCCACUUGAUGGCACUAAUGUUAGUGAGCGUCUCCAACAUGUAAUAAAAUCUGAGGGACUUGAUGUCGAUAAGGGUGGCUUGACAGCCCUCGUGCGGUUAAGUAACGGUGACAUGAGGAAGGCUUUGAAUAUAUUGCAGUCAACACACAUGGCAUCCCCACAAAUAACAGAAGAAGCUGUCUACCUUUGCACGGGAAACCCCAUGCCUAAAGAUAUUGAGCAGAUAGCGAGUUGGUUACUAAAUGAACCAUUUUCAACCAGCUUUAAAUAUAUAUCUGAUACGAAGAUGAGAAAAGGUCUGGCCUUGAUUGAUAUCAUACGAGAGGUCACUAUGUUUGUGUUCAAAAUUAAUAUGCCAUCCAAUGUACGAGUAAAGUUGAUUAAUGAUUUGGCAGAUAUUGAGUAUCGGCUAACCUUCGCCUGCAACAACAAACUGCAGCUUGGGGCACUGAUCUCGACUUUCACGACUGCUCGGGCGGCUAUGGUUGCUGCUGCCGCCUAAUUUGACCACCUACUCUGAUCCGGAAAUUAUGGGGCAGUUUAUUUAUCUUCUUAUCCUUAGCUUAAAGCAUGUCAGGGAGAAUUUUUUAUGCUAGAACUGUCUCUGUGCUUGGGAUCUUCAGUAGGAUUUUAGAACCCGACUGUAACUGAUUGCUAUCAGGUUUAGGUUAUGUACAUGAUGGAUUCAACUUUUUAUGCAGC